GAGAUUAUAGAAGUUUUGACUUGUUCGCACACUGGUUGCAUGUAACUCUCCUGAAUUUACUCCGAUCUUGCAUUCCCAUGUUACGUCUUUUCUUUUUCUCUUUUUCUUUUACAUUCAAGACAGACAUAGACAGAACAGAGAGAGAGAGAGAGUAACACACAAAUAUAAAUCAUAUUCCCACUGUCGGUCCAUUCUCAUGUGUCUGAUCUCUCUUCUUACAUCAACAUAACAUUCACCUCCUUUACUUUACUUAUCCAUCCAAAACCCUCACCAAAUUUAUCCACUUUUUCUCUCUCAUUCUUCAAUUUCUUCUUUUCACAUCUCCACAGGUAAGGAUUUAACCAAUUAAAUACUACAUCUGCCAAUUUCUCAACAAAGGUAUAAUUUACAAGUGUUUGAUGAUGUCUGAUCGUUGAAAUUUCCAUUGAGAUUUAGAUUCUGCAAUUGUAACAUGGAUCUAGGAUUUAGAUAUCUGAGUAAGGCUGAAACAAGGAGAUUAAUUUCUUUUUUAGGAAUAUCAAUAGCUUUAAUUUUAGUGCUUCAAUAUUCUGAACUUCCAAAUAGUAAAUUCUUAUCUUCUCUUACUGCCAAAAUCACUAGUUUCACAAUGGAUACAUCUUUGGCUAACCCUAAUGUGGAAAGUAAUAAUAACAUGAACGUAAAUGCUUCAAAUUCAAGUUCCACUAAUUCAUUAGCAAUGAGUCCUCAAGUUACAAGUUCAGUUGUUUACAAUGGCAAAGUUACAAGUUCAGAAGAUAAUGAAGGAGAUGAUUCUGUUACUACGGCUUCCGUGCUUGCACCACAACCAAGUCCUGUGAUAUCUGUCUACAAGGAUGAAAAAUCAAGUUUUUUGCAAGGAAGUACUCCGAAAAUCGGUGAUAAUAAGCCUGUGAUUUCAAUGAAUUCCAAAAGGAAGCCAUCUAAAGUAGUUUCAUUAUCCGAGAUGAACUUACAGUUGCAGCAUAGUCAUGCUUCUUCUAAGAAACCGGCAGCAAGUUCUUCAGCUGUUCAUAUGGAAAUAUUGCAGGCAAAAUCAGAGAUUGAAAAUGCUCCCAUCGUUAUGAAUGAUUCAAGACUUUACUCUCCUUUAUACAGGAAUGUUUCCAUGUUCAGAAGGAGUUAUGAGCUAAUGGAAAAGAUGCUGAAAGUUUUCAUCUACCCAGACGGAGACAAGCCAAUCUUUCAUGAGCCCUUACUGGACGGAAUAUAUGCAUCCGAAGGAUGGUUUAUUAAAUUAAUUGAAGGAAACAAACAGUUUACCACUGGAGAUCCUAAUAAGGCUCACUUGUUUUACAUACCGUUCAGUUCAAGAUUGUUGCAGUUAACUCUCUAUGUACGCAAUUCACACAGACGGUCCAAUUUGAUUGACUAUAUGAAAAAUUAUGUUGACAUCAUUUCUGGAAAGUACCCUUUCUGGAAUACAACUAAUGGAUCAGAUCACUUUCUUGUUGCCUGUCAUGAUUGGGCUCCUGCAGAAACAAGAGGGCGCAUGCUGAAUUGCAUCAGAGCCCUUUGUAAUGCUGACAUUGAAGUAGGAUUCAAGAUAGGAAAGGAUGUUUCUCUUCCAGAAACAUAUAUAAGGUCAGCUGAGAAUCCUGUCAAAAAUCUAGGGGGUAACCCUCCUUCUCAGAGGCCUAUACUGGCAUUUUUCGCAGGUGGUUUGCACGGUUAUGUUCGACCUGUCCUAUUGAAGUACUGGGAGAACAAAGAACCCGACAUGAAAAUAUCGGGUCCUUUGCCUCACGUCAAGGGAAAUACAAACUACAUUGAGCUCAUGAAGAGCAGCAAAUUCUGCAUCUGUGCAAGAGGUCAUGAAGUUAAUAGCCCGCGUGUGGUCGAGGCUAUAUUCCACGAGUGCAUUCCUGUGAUCAUAUCAGACAAUUUUAUUCCUCCUUUAUUUGAGGUUUUGAAUUGGGAAUCUUUUGCUGUUUUUAUCAAGGAGAAACAUAUUGCUUAUUUGAGGGAUGUACUACUUUCCAUCUCGGAAGAAAGGUACUUGGAGAUGCAUAAGAGGGUCAAAAUGGUGCAAGAGCAUUUUAUUUGGCAUCAUGAGCCUGUUAAGUAUGAUUUGUUUCACAUGCUUCUUCAUUCAAUUUGGUACAAUAGAAUUUUCUAUGUAAGCUAGAUGUAAUCGUGUAUCCAUUUUAUUGAAACCAAUCAUGAUAGAGUUUGUAAAUUGUGAAAUCAUUUACAGAAGUGCUUAUCAUGUGACAGCAGAAACACAAAAUCAAUUGUUUGAAUGCUUCUAGUGUUGUUUGAUACACCGCUUAUUGUUCGGUUUGGCUUUUAUGACGAGUCUUUAAAGUGUAAGGCAUCUUAUUUUAUCGAGGAGAGGGUAUAUUUGUAAACUACAUUUAACUCUAAUUCUCUCUUAUUCUUUUAUUUCUAA